GUUUUUCAUUGAUUUUGUCAAUGAAUUGAAAUUGAUUUUGAAAAUCAUAACAAAACACAACACUUUUGAAACACAUUUCAAGUGUAUUUGCAUUUGAUUUACGCGUUCAGACGUCCACUGAUCACAAGACAUGACUAAAACCAAUGAUUUGAAUCGUGAGCUCAUUCUCGACGAGUUAUCGAACUUCGAGCAGAAGAAGGGCGGAGACAUUCCCGACCUCUUGAACCAGUAUUUGGAAAGUAUUGCACAAAAUGGAGAUCCAAUGUUUUCGUGGACUAAAUUGCAGCCAUUAUUGAGGCGUAAACUGGAGGUCGUUAUGAAUGAGUUCAAUCACUUGUGUCCGACCGACCACUUGAUCCCAUUGCCGAACGUGAAGCCAUUCGACUUCUCGGAACUCAAGUCUCAGAUAUUGGAGGCCAUCGAUGGGUUCUGUUCGGCGCCGUUCACUAUACAGAGGAUCUGUGAACUGGCGACCAAUCCGUCGAAACACUACAAACGGACGGAUAAGUUCAUGCGAGGCGUCGAGAAGAACAUCCUUGUGGUCACUACUAUGGAGCCCCUGUCGGCCAACGGAUCUAAUACUCAGAUGACUUCGAGUUUCAAAAAUCUUUUUUCUUCAAUGCAUUCGUCGUCUAAUGCCUUCCAAACGACCGCUUCUUUGAGCACAGCCUCGACCUCCCUGUUAGUCAAUGGAAUCGCUGACGUCUUGUGUGACAAUCAGAUGCCUAAUGAGUCGAGUCUUAAGAACCUAUCAUCAGGUCCCGUCUCUCCCACUUCGUUACCAUUGUCUCCAACGACAAACUCACCGCCGAAUCCACACCAACACAACACUCCUCUGCAGCAAUUGGACAGCUUUACUACAGUGUUUGCCACUCCGCCCUCCAACCCAUUGUCUGUUGUUUACGAACAAUCUUCCAGUUUAUCUCUUUUGCCUUCACUUGCAUCUGAAGAUAAUUGUUUGCUUUCGACCACUUCUACUAAUAUUAAACCAAUUGGUACUUCGGGUGACUUCGAGACCAGUACUAACCCAGACUUGGAUUCAUCGCUCAUCAGUUCUACGAGUAGUUCAUUGCAAACAAACUCUUUAACAGACAUUAAUUCAGAAAUCAAAAGUGAUUUCUCAGAAAACAUUACAAAUGAUGAAAUGAAUGAAACCAAACGUUUGGAAUCAAAUGAAACGAUCAGUAGUUCUCAAAUCAAAGAAGAUUUACCACAAACUUCUUGUAAUGAGAAUAAAGAAAUGAUUAAUAAUAAUAUAAAUAGUAAUACGAGUGAAGAGAAUGUAGUAUUGGAUGUGAAAGCCGUCACAUCGAGUAGCAGUAGUAGUAGUAGUGGUGGUCUCGAUAACAAUAAUACGAUUUCAAGUAAUUUUGAAAGUAAUGACACCAUUAAGACAGACACCACUCCCACUCUCGCCGAGACAUUCGUUAGUGAUAUGGCUUCGAGUGAUGAGAGCGUGUCAUUGGUUCCGGAGGUUACGACACAAUCACUAAAUAAUAAUACAAUUGAAAGUACGGACAAUAACAACGAAAUGCGAACCACUGAUGAGGAGGAGAUGAGUCAACAACCGAUGGACUUCUGUGGCUCUAAUGCCGUCACAGAUAACAAUAUGGCGGAGAUAACGGACUUAAGUGACAAGAAUAGUGGCGUAAGCGCUGAUUGUAGUAAAAUGGACGACACUGUCAGCCAUUCGGACCAACCGGAGCCUAUGGACGAGGACUAA